GAAAGAGUUUCAGUUUUGAUUGACUUUACUUAUCGGUCAGACGUAGUAUAGCGCAUGAAUUAAUGUUAUGGAAAUAUUUAAAAACGACAGCAGUGAGAAACGCAACACGCGAAGCUAGAAACCAAUUCUCAACCAGUACCUGUUUGCGACUAAAGAGUUUAUAUAGCCAUAAAGGAACUUACAGAAGUAUGCAGUUAGCUGCCGUCAAAAAAAUAUGCGACAUAGCUGCAGAAAAAAGCAGUAGUUUGGUAACAAGCUGGCCUUUUGGAUUUACCGGUUUCUUGACAGCAACAAAUAAGCGGACAAAUAAACAACCUGAUAUCUUAAUAGUAAGCGGGCAGACGGUGAGAUUGAAAAAUGUGGGUAGUAUUUUACAACAACAAAAUUCAGAACACCGGAGGCACAUGCACACCCUUUGCACAAUACACUUGACUGCAGUCGGCAUAACAACAAACAACGCCUGCCGGCAGCCAGUCCUGCAUGCUCAACGAAACUCUCCCACAACUGCUGAAGGUUAUUCGUUUUUGUAUAGUAAACUCUCAACAUUAAAGCGCCAACGGCUCAAGCGGCGACAGCUGAAGGCGUCAACUGCAGCAGGGACUGCGUCUGUGACUGAAUUGGUGAAUGAGGAGGAAAAUCAACCACCGGCUGCGUCUCAAUCAUGAGUCAUUCAGGUGUUCCUGCUGUAGGUAGCAGCACAAACAGCUCAUGCCAAUGUACAUAUGUACAUAUAUAGGAGUGCUUAUACAUACAUAUAUGUGCAUUAGGGUGGUCCAAAAAUA